GCAUAUCUAAUUAACUGUGUAUGGAACUGCUACAAGUACAUCAAUAAUAGAAAUGUGCCUGAAAUUGCAGUCUACCCAGCAUUUGAAGCUCCUCCCCAGUAUGUGCUUCCAACAUACGACAUGGCUGUAAAAAUACCAGAAAAGGAGCCACCUCCUCCAUACAUGCCUGCCUAAUCGGCGUUCAUUCUCUUCCACGUUUGUGUCAGCUGUUUCUUUUAGUGGAGUUUUUAGAAUGCAGUCAAAAUGCUUAGUAAAGAUCUCCGGACAGGGUACCAAUGCUAGCUUUACAGUUUAUUCUUCAUGUUGAUUAUAUGAAACAGUUGAGAGAAAAAUUUGCUUUGCCUCUGUUUGUACAACUGUAGUAUUAAGUUCUCAUGAUUUGUUAGUAAUGCCUUCAAGCAGGUUAUGUUGAAUAAAAUUAUUAUGAUUUGUGUUAGUAAUGCCUUCAAGUAAGUUGUGUUGAGUAUAAUAAAGAUAAUGUCCUGUGGCUUGUACAUUGUUGUGGUUUGCCAACAAAGAACAAGACAUGUUUUCUUUAAUAUUUUUUGCACUUUCUUCACAAUUGCAUUUAGCCAAACUGUUUGUACCUUAUUAUAUCCAAAUGCCUUUUAAAAAUAAAACCCUUUCUGGUAAAGGGUUUUUAACCUCUUGCAUGAUAAGCCUUCCUCUACAGUUUUAAGGGAAGAAAACUUACAGAAAAUAUAAGGGAAUUGAGUUUUAAAACGGUGACUGUAUUUUUUAAGUAUGUAUUCCGUUUAUUUGAUAAUCAGGAUUCUUUAAUAAACCUUUUUAAAAACUUUA